GCAACGGGGGCCGCCCUUCCCCCACCCCAGCCGCGAGUGGGCGACAGGGCCCCCAUCUUCGUGCGUCUUCGCCGCUCCGCGCCGUGACCCGGCCCGGAACUGAGCUGCCAGUGGAGGGUGUGUCCCUCCAGUUCUGCCUUAAUAGUUCUCUGCCUUUACCAAAAAGCUGCAUAAAAUGAACAAAUCCCAGGGAUCGGUGUCGUUCAUGGACGUGACUGUGGACUUCACCCAGGAGGAAUGGGAGCAGCUGGACCCCUCUCAGAGGAUCCUGUACAUGGAUGUGAUGCUGGAGAAUUAUAACAACUUACUUUCAGUGGAAGUGUGGAAGGCUGAUGACCAGAUGGAGAAGGACCACGGAAACCCUGAGGAGCAGGCGAGGCAUUUUAUAAUCCUCAAGAACCAAACCCCAAUUGAAGAAAGAGGUAAUCUCUUUGGAAAAACAUUUAAUCAGAGCACAGACUUGGUUUCUUUAAGACAUGUACCCUAUAGAUAUGAUUUAUGUGAAAAAACUUUGAAAUAUAAUUCAGACUUACUUAAUAGUAAUAGCUAUGCAAGAAAGAAAGCUGUUGAGUGUAAUGGAUUUGAAAAAGCACUCCUCUAUUUGAAGCAAGAGAAAACCCAUACUGGAGUGGAAUACUCUGGAUAUAAUAAAAAUGGAGUAUCCCUCAGCCAUAAAGAAGCCAUUUUUAAACAUAAGAAAAUUAGAAAUUUGGUUCAACCUUUUAUUUGUAAUUACUGUGACAAGGCCUUCAGCUUUAAGUCACUCCUCAUUAGCCAUAAAAGAAUACAUACUGGAGAAAAACCCUAUGAGUGUAACGUAUGUAAGAAAACCUUCUCCCAUAAGGCAAACCUCAUUAAACAUCAGAGAAUUCAUACUGGGGAAAAACCCUUUGAAUGUCCUGAAUGUGGAAAAGCUUUCACCCACCAGUCCAACCUCAUUGUACACCAGAGGGCACACAUGGAGAGAAAGCCCUAUGAAUGCAGUGAAUGUGGCAAGACGUUUGCUCAGAAGUUUGAACUCACUACACAUCAGAGAAUUCAUACAGGGGAGCGGCCCUAUGAGUGUAAUGAAUGUGCAAAAACCUUCUUCAAGAAAUCAAACCUCAUUAUACAUCAGAAAAUUCACACAGGGGAGAAACGCUACGAGUGCAGUGAAUGUGGAAAAUCCUUUAUCCAGAACUCACAACUGAUUAUACAUAUGAGAACUCAUACAGGAGAGAAACCCUAUGAGUGUACUGAAUGUGGCAAAACUUUCAGCCAGAGGUCAACCCUUAGAUUACACUUGCGGAUUCAUACAGGAGAGAAACCAUAUGAGUGUACCGAAUGUGGGAAGGCCUUCAGCAGGAAGUCCCGCCUCAGCGUCCAUCAGAGAGUUCAUUUAGGGGAUAAACCCUGAGACUGCAACAGGGUGGCACUGUGGAAAUCUCAUCCACAAGAACCCUUCUCAUGGGGAGAAACUCAUGAAGGAACAUAAAGAAUGUGGGGAUUCAUAGUGAGAUACAGUCUGUCAACUCAAAAAUGUGUUAGAAAUAGGAUCCCAUAAGAAUAAUAUUAUACUGGAAAUUAGGUAUGAUACCCAGCUAAUGAAUACAUAUCAGAAUUAUAUAUAUAUUUACUUGUAAAAGACAUGCUCAGCUAGCUAUGUUACAGUAAGCUUUUUUAAAAGUUUGAAUGAAUUGAAUAUUCAGAGCAGCAGUAUAAAGGAUAUACAAAGGGUACCAGAUGUAGUGGUUAUUUCUGAGAUUUUGCCAAAAGAAACAAAUCAUGUUUUAGAUCCACACAUGUGAAUUUAGCACAGUCACUGGGAGUCUGAAAUUCUUGUCCUCUGUGAUGAUUAGGAGAAGAUUUUUCUAAGCAUCAAGUAUUUUUACCUUUCCACCCAGUAUGCAUUCCAGAUGAAAUAUGUUAACAGUUUUAAUGUAGCACGAAGCAUCUCUUUUCUGCUGCUGCUUGCUGGCGUACAUAAAUUGGCAUGGCCAUUUUUACUGAGCUGUCUCUUCAGUACACAGAAGACAAUGUUGUUGAAGUUUUAACCUGCUUCUGGGUUUGCUGAUGAUUUUGUAGAGGCAUUAUUUACAUAAAUAUGCAAGUCUGAGAUAAGUAAGAGGAGAUCUAGAGAGUGAAUGGCAGAUGUGGGCUGUGUUAUGCAGUAUGCACCACAGAAUUUAAAAAGUGCUGUGUAAACAGAAUAUCCCCAUCCAUCAUGCUCUUAUUAAUUUUCAGAGUGGUAAAAUUUACAUAAAAUUGCAUGUGAAUUGCCAAAAUAUGUAUAACCCAGAAACCACCUAUAUUUUAUUUGUUUUGCCCUGUUUCUCUUAGGGAUCGUCUUACAAAAACAUGUUAGAUGAUUAUGUAAUUCACAACUGUUAGUUACGUUUCAGAGACUUUAGAGAAAAGUUAACUCUUGAUAGUUUCUCAAAAUUUUCUUUUUUUAAAUUGCUUUUUCAAAUUUCCAUGUGCACAGUGUGCUUUAGAAAUGAAGUUGUUUAAAGAGAUAUUUCUACUUCCUUGAGUUUCACUAUCAUCAUCCUAAAACAUUUCCUUUGUAACCUAAUUUACUAUAAGUUUUACCUUCCCUUUAAAAGUUUCCAAAGCAGAUAACUUUGUAAGUUAGGUUUUUCAGUGGUCUCUCCAUGUUGUUUGAUGAUUAACAUAAAAACAUUUCUUUUGCAUAAGCAGAUAUACCAUUUUAGGCUUGAUUCCAGCUUUAUAAGUUCAUCUUUUCCCUAUCAUUCACAAAUCAUACAGAAUUAUAAAUGGAAACCAUAACUAUCCUUUUUUUUAUUAAUUAUUUUUCAAGAUCACUGAUGUGCUAUGACUACAUGACUGUGAAUAACUUUCUGAAGAAAUGUAUCUGAAUAUCCAUAGACCAAUAAGUCUUUUGUCUGUCUCAGUUGUCAUCUUCCCUACUAAUGGUAAGGAAGCAGGGGUAAUAGUUAUGUCAUAAACUGCUCUUGGAAAUGUAAAUUGUGACAGCUUCCUUGGAAAACAUUGUGACUCUGUCUUUUAACAUUAAGAAUAUACAUCCUCUUCAGCCCAGGGGUCUUACCCUGGGACUCUAUCCCUAAGAAAUAAAUAAAGUGCCAGUACCUAAGAUUACAUGUU